CAAGUACUAACCUGUUGUAUACAGUCUACGAUACCGACACACUAAUCCCUAGCGUUGAUUAAACACGCAGAUAGCGACCUUUCUCGAAAAAAAGACUUUUUCGUGACUGAACGCUACCUGUAACGUUAUGUGACGUGUAAUGUUACCUAACUUAACGUAACGUUACAGUCCUGGAGGUCCUUCUCUUCCCCUCCUCAGAUGGGGUUUCUUCUGUUAACUUGUGAGCUAACUCAAGAGUACUGGCACCUGACCCCUCCCAGUCCCUGUAUCAGUGGUAAUGUUACUCACAGGGACUUUGUCUCCCACCGUAAUGUAAAUCAGUCGUUGAACUUGCUCCACUUUUAACUGCACGUUGUGAGGGAGAAUUUUAAACUGCGAGCAUGUGGACUGCAUUUAUGCGGGGCGUUUCGUCUGGAGUCAAAUGGCGUCAGUUUAUUUGGCAGUAAGUGGCAGUCGACAAGUUUGAGAGGGGACUUCUCAUGCAUGGCGACUGGAGUAUAUGUAACGGGGGGACCCCUUUUCGAGCGAAGCAUCGCGUAUCUUGGUACAAGCUAGUGCCCGCUGCCUUUGUACCGUUAACAUAUGGCUGAAGAAAAUAUGCUUGGGGACUUCACCUGGAACAGCGAGUCAGGACGUAGCGUUGGCCUGAAGCCCGUCCCUCUGCAAAGCCUUUCCGAGUUGGAGAGGGUUCGUCUCCAGGACGUGGCCUAUAAACGAUUGUUACAGGAUCGCAACCUUGGCUGCCACAUCACCAUCCCUAAAUAUGGCCACAAGAACAAGAAGUCACUUAGGCUGAAGUUGGAUUCAUUAUCUAAAGAGAAGAGUAAAGACAAAGAGACUAUACCCCAGGCGUUUGGCAUACCAUUGUCGCAGGUCAUAUCCAACGACCGCACACACAAGCAGCGGCAUGAUACCCCGCGGGGGGAGCACAGCGACCCCACAGAGUUGAUGCUAUCCUUCCUCCACCUCACCUCCAACAUCAAAAGGGCCAACAAGGAGUUCUCCAGCAGUAACUCGUCCCUUAGCUCUACUUCUGAGACUCCUAAUGAAUCAACUCUGCCCGGCACUCCAGACUCAGGCCCACGGACACGCAGAAGGGGUGGAGUAUCUGUGGAUUGCAUCACUGACCUUGAUGACAACCAGUCUCGGCUUUUGGAGGCCCUCCAGCUGUCUCUGCCAGAAGAGGCAGCUGGCAACAGGAAGAAACACCAUGACAAAAAGCUCAGCCUUAACCCUAUUUACAAACAGGUGCCCAGGGUAGUGGAUCUCUGCUGCCAACACCUGGAAAAAUACGGCCUGCAGACGGUUGGAAUUUUCCGUGUUGGGAGUUCCAAGAAGAGAGUACGACAGCUUCGUGAAGAGUUUGACCAGGGAUGGGAGGUACAUUUGUAUGAGGAGCACAGUGUUCAUGAUGUAGCUGCAUUGCUAAAAGAGUUCCUCAGAGACAUGCCUGACCCACUGCUAACAAGAGAACUCUACACGGCCUUCAUCAGCACAAUGUUGCUGGAAUAUUCAGACCAAGAGAGCGCCAUCCAGCUCCUGAUAUUUUUGCUUCCUCCCUGUAACAGCGACACGCUGCAGCGCCUCCUCUGCUUGUUGUCAACAGUGGCUGCACAUGCCGAAGACAGUCUAGACAACGAGGGUCAUAAGAUCACAGGAAACAAGAUGACAUCACUCAAUUUAGCUACCAUCUUUGGACCCAACCUCUUACACAAGCAGAAAAACUCAGACAAAGAGUUUGCCGUCCAGAGUUUUGCCCGUGCAGAGGAGAGCACAGCCAUCAUCGGCGUGGUCCAAAGGAUGAUCAAUACAUAUGAUACACUAUUUAUGGUUCCUGCUGACCUGCAGAAUGAGGUGCUGAUUAGUUUGCUAGAAACUGAUCCUGAUGUUGUGGAUUACUUACUGCGGAGGAAGGCCUCUCAGGACUCAGAACCAGACCUUAGAGCAGAAAAGUCCUCUCUGACUGAGAGACGCUUAUCCAAUGACUCCAUCAAAGCAUCUAGUGGAGAGGUGUCUCCCUAUGACAACAACUCCCCUGUCCUGUCAGAUCAACUGCUGUGUAAAUACCCAGAGGACAGCAGUCCAUUCUCAGACAUGACCCCCAGACAUUCUGGGCAGUAUAAACUCAGUGGCUAUUCUAAAGACGGAUCUGGCAGCACCUCUCCUACACCUUCUAUGGACAAAGAGGCCUCAACUGAUCAUUUCUGGGACACCUGGCAUGAACUGUUCAGCAAGGAUUUUACUGGCAAUCAUAUCACCGGCUCCCUUGGAGACAUGUCAGAAUGUGAGUCGUACGGAUCAUCAGAGGGGCUGAGCAGUCACCAAGGUAACAACAAGCUGCCCGUCAGGCCAAAACAAACCUCAUUGGGUGUGCUGGAAAUCAGGCCACACCUCCCAGUGACUCGCAGCAGCAGUGGACCUCAUGACCAGAGAGGACAGGGACAACCGCAAUCGUCAUUACAUCAGGGAUUGACUGGCCAAUCAGAAGCCGUCAGCUCGGACAACUUGGCACAAAGGACAGGACAGCCUGCAUGUCCAUUACUUAAGGUCAAGACGAAUAGUUUGUCUCCCCUUCAGUACUCUGGGCAGCUGAGGGAGACUCACAUUUCUCACUCGAUGCCCUCCCUCUUCACGUAUCAGCCUGACACCCAAACCUCACAGCAGUCCCAGCAAAGCCCUGCCCUCCAGACUGUAGAUGCCUCUGGGCCUGGGCAAGAAAAAGGCCAUGGUACACCGAAUUGGCAGACGGAGAGAUGGCAUAUAUGGCAGAUACUGUCAAAAGAAAAUGCAGACGCCCUGCCUGAAACCUUGGUGUGAUGCUUCCUUUGACUAUACUAUACUGAUAACUUUAAGAGAAAGGGGUCAUUCAUCAUCAUCAGUCGCACACACAAACUGUUUCUUAGAUGUGUUAUUAUUUUGCAAGGGGGUUUUAACUGUAUAAAUGUUGUUGAAUAUGUCAACAUAAUAUAAAAUGAUUGCUUUAUGGAAUUUUGAAUGUUUUUUAAUGUUGAAUGUAAAAAUAUAGAUACUGUUUGUGUUGUAAUAUUGCUUUAAAGUUGUAGUUCCUUGAUAUAUACUGCUACUACUUUAACACUGAGUUUUCUACUGUCUUAAGCGUGGAAAUGCUGCAGCCUAUGUGCGUAUUACCACCCAUGUCUUGAUUUCUUUCAUAAUAUGAUAUAAAUAUGUUUUGAAUAUGGGCUCUUACACUGUAUUAAGUGUAUUCCAAUUUUAAUGAACUUUUCAGCACUCACUGCCUGUGUAUACAUGCUAUUUUUUGUAUUUAAGAAGCAGGAAUAAUGGUUAAGCAGCAUUAUUCACAGGGAUAUAUUUGUAAAUGUAAUGUACUUUGUAAUUUAAUGAGAAACAAUUAUACAUGCUUGUUGCCCUUCUUGUCUGAUACCUUUAAAUCCAAUGGAAAUCAAAUUGCACUCAAAGUUAUGUAUCAUUAGCCUCAGUAUGUGACUGGAGAUCAGUCAGACUGUCAUUAGUUAGUUAUAUCUUCAAAACUGUAGACAAUUUGUAAGUACUGGAAAAUGGCAGCAUGAAUUUUAAUUACUUUUGUGGUGUGACAUGAGACAACCUAAGCUAAAAACCUAAGAAGAGUAAAAUAAGUGAGGGCAUAGUGGCAUAGGUCAGGACAUGCAGUUAUGAGUAUAUUCUGUUCAAGUUAUACUUUGUUCAGAAGACCCCUCUCCACCUCCAGGCUAAAACAAGGACUAUAGACAAAUGUUUCCAUUGACAUGGGUGCCAUGUGGUUAUGGCAGGAGGUGGCACUUGUCAAACUUACUGAAUGUG